AUGUCGACACUCCAACCCCCAGAUAACCCUAUCGCCCUCCAUCGCUCCCAUCUUCUCGCCCCCGCGCCAGACCGAUUAACCAAUACUCCAACGACCCUCCGCAUAACACGCGAGAACACUGUCUCCGGCCACGACUUCAGUAUAUUCCAAAUCCGCAAUUACGAGGACGUCUCUAGUCCCCAACGCAGCAUACUACUCUACACAGUCGUAGGCCGACUCGGGAGCACAUCGCAGUACCGUGAGAUCCGGGAUGCAGCGGGCCAGCCGCUCCUCGGGCUCAAGCGACUCUGGUGGCGCGGACUGUGGAUGGUAAAGCGCGCCGAGACAGAAGAUGAUCUACUCAGCGCGGACCAGGGCUGGAGUAUACGAGGGAAGAUGGGAGUCCGAUUUGAGAAUGCGCUCGUGAGUCGGGGACAGAGAGGUCAUCGCGCAACUGUUUCUGCUUCUGCUUCUCACUCCCACAGAGAAGAGGAUCCACCUUCGUAUAGAGAGGCUAUGAGUGAGAACUUCCGCAGCCGCAUGGACAAUCGUCAAAGCGGCGAAAGCUCGACAGAAAGUGAUAGUUCACUGGAUGAGAUCACUGUAGGCAAGCGAGACUGUGGCUUGCCAUCCUACGAUUCUGUGCGUAGAUCCUCGAGUCAUUCCUUGCGAGACUUGCUCGAUGCGAUUGAGCCACCGGCAGAACCAGCCCCAGCCACGGCGUCGUCCCUGUCAGCGGCUCCACCACUGUCUUUGGGCGCCAGUGCCAAGACGAAAUUAAAGGUGGUGCAGCAGACUAGGACAACUGCUGCUGUGAUGAUGGGGAGGAAGAUGAUCGUACAUAUUCGACGGGAUAAGUUGUUGGAUUUUAACCUGUCUGGGCCGAUGCCUCGGUGGGAGGUGGAGAUUGCAGAGGGUGUGGAUCUGCUACUUGUGGGUUGCUUACACGUGCAUUGCAUAGGCAAGAGCUAA